AUGUUUGGUUCCAAACUGCGAUCAUGGAUGGAAAAUCAUAUUGUGCGACCGAGAAAGAAAGGCAGCAAAAAUAAAACCGGAAGCAGCGGAACCAACUUUGGUGUCCUGACGGCACAAAAUGGCUACAAAAGCGGUACAUUCGCCGGGGGAGACUCCAUGGUCGGCAGUCCGGCAAGACGAAGUGAAGUUUCGCCGAUACAAAGUCAUGCAACCAGUCGACGCGGAUGGCACUCACCGAAUCAGGACAGUAUACCGAUUUCACCGAAAUCCGAUCACUACCCGAUGCAACAUCGGCUACCAAACGGUCACACCAACGGUGGAGACGCCCAGUACUGGACAAACACGUACGCCACCGUGAACGGAACCGACCACCCAUCGUCCCAUCAGCAGCAACAACAGCCCCAGCAUUAUUCCGUUCUGUCGUCCCCGCGAAGCAUCUCGCGCAACGCGUCGUCUUACGCGCUCGAAUCCGCCCCGGCAAACGUUUACUACUCGAAAAGCGUGGAUUCAUUUGCGGCCUCCGACGCAACGAUGCCUUACGCGAUGCCCGAAUUCGAGUACCGAACUGCGGAGAGUAACGGCCCGUCGAGCCUCUUGAGUGCUGGAACGGUGGCAUCCGUAUCGAGCGGUAACAAUGGCCACCAUCACAUCGCGCACGCCAACUACUCCACGGCUACGAGCUCGAGCAACGAACUGCUCGAAGAGCUGCACCCGCUCGAUGGUGGCACUCGCAUCAAGCGCCUACACCCGGCCACUGCUCGAAUUAACUCCUUCAUCGUCAAUCACCACCAACAUAACGCAAGCAACAACAAUAAUAACCACGUGGCCAACGGUGCAAUCGGCGGUCACUAUGGCCCAUCCCAACGAGGCUCACAGUCAACAGCGAUGGAUGGUGGUGGGGAAAGCAAGUACGGAAAACUUUUGCAACAACCACCAAUCGGCGGUAGCGCAUUGGCCGCUACCAGCUCACCACCGUACGGAGGGUCCAUCUACUACGAUCAUCCUCAGCACAAUGGCAUUAACAACAAUUUAGUUCACCAAUCCACCCACCAGACGUACGCUAAUGGUGCAGGAACUACACCGGUCGGUCACAGCAAAACUACUUCCGCUCCAGCAGCGGCGCCGCAUGUGCCACGCACGACGAAACUCGACGCCAACAGUAGCCGAAUUGUCAAUGGCAAUAACAAUAACAAUAACCACCACUUCGAAGUGCCCGCUGGAACUACCGGAAGGGGAAGCCAACACCACCACCAGCCCGGCAGCUCGUUCACUGCCACCUUCGCCAGCAAGUUCCACAAACUAACGGGUUCGCGAAGUAACGCGCACGAAAGUGCUGUCAACGGUGGCAGCGGCAGCGGUGCUAGUAGCGGCAAAUUGAAUCAUGUAAAUAACAACAACAAUGGUUCGAUGGUGGCCAGUGGCAAUGGUGGCGACAGUGCGAGCAACGCACCGUAUCAGCAGCAUCAAAUCAAUAACGCCACCACACACCUGCAUCCGCUGCAAGCACUUACGGCCCUAUCUGGAAAGCUGCCACAUCCGGCCCCGCCGUUGUCGUCAUCGUCGUCGCCUCCACCACCAGUGCAGGGUGCCCCGACACACCUGCACCAUACGUCAGCACACGGCGGUCACCAUCACCACCAUCCACACGGGCAUCCGAUGGGUCACGCGCUCUCCUCGCCGGAAAGCGCGUACUCUACCGGCUACUCGACCGACGGUACCUCUCCGGGUGGAUGCUCCUACACGCCCGAAUAUUACAUCAACAUCCGGACCGGAACGCACUACUUCCCUAAGGCGGCUUCGGCGCACCAUGGCCGGGGUCCUCCGGGGUCAGGUUGCAUCGAGCGCACUGGACCGGCGGUAGUCGGAGCAUCCGGUGGUCACGAGAAUGGCGCCAAAUUCAAGUGUGCCCUCAACCGAAUCGAGGAAAAGCAUGUGGAGUUCUGCAUCGAGCAAGAAAAGCAUGCUUCACCGCGGCGAGGUAGCGCAUCGAACCAAUCGAACACGAAGCCAACCGUUCCCGAACCUGCCACCAAUGGAGCGUGCGUUUUAUCUCAACCACAACAGCAGCAGCCAAAGCAGCAGACGGUGUCGACUACGGGCUCUCAGCCACAGGCGACCGCCCAACCAUCGCUGUCGCAGCCAACGACUGCACAAUCGCCGCCAAAUGCAGUUGCGAUGAGCCCCAUUAUGCAGAAGAACCUCGGGAUGCAGCACUACCGGAGCAUUGAGUCUCCAUCGCCUCGUCAACGGUGCCGUAUCCGCACGAAUCCUUGGUUGACGACCGCUGAUGGCGCACUCGCCAGUAACUGCUUGAAACGGACAGAACAGGAUUCCGGUUCAACCUCUUCUGGCAUCAAAUCGAGCAGCGGCACGGAUGACAAUAAAAAUGAUCACAAACAAACGAUCGCCAAUUCCGACACCGAUUCCAGCUCGUCGACGGAGAAGGUUGUAAACAAACGAAUACUCACUCCGAGGAGUCUGAGGAAGAUCGGGGACAUCUCGCGACUAGACAGCAAGGCGGCGGCAUCGGUGACGUUCGGUUCCAACCAGGAAAGCGACGAAGACGCAACUCUCAACGAGAUGAUGGGCAAGUUCGACGAAAGUUACCACUACGAGAAGGAGACUGAUAUUCUGAGUUGUAGUGACUCUGAUCCUACUGAUUGCCCGACGGACAUCGAUACGGGCCAGGAUGCAGGUGAUGAGUGUGACACGGACGAUCUGCUCGAUUUGGACUUUAUCGACACCGGAUCGGUGCAGGAAGUGGCGGACAAGGAGACCUAUCGACACACGGCUAGCUGCUCCAUUCACAGCUUUCCGGAGGGCAAAGCGCCCAACAAACAGCGAAUGUCUCGAAACAGGCGCACUAACGAGAGUGGCUCCGGCUCCAAACGACGGAAGAAGCUUGUUCGAACGAGAAAGAAGCCAUCGGAGAACGCCGCAUUGGACACGGGCACGAGCAGAGACUCGUCCGGGCUCGUGAGUCGCGGAUGUAGAAGUUUAGGCGGAACACCAAUGUCUCUGCGACGCAAUCAGCAGGACACGGAAUGUCGUACGCCCGCAAGGAGCUCGCCACUUACCAAUCGUUCGAACUCGCUCACCUUCACCGAGGUCCAUUCCCUGCACAGCCGAAUACUAGCCAUUUCGGAGAGCGAAAAAGCUCUCCUCAAAGCGGACCUAGAGGCAGACGUUAAGUACAAGCAGCUUAUCCACGAAGCGGAAUCGAUCCUCUUCUCGAUGAAAAGUAAUAGCUCGAUCUGCCUCAAGGAGCUGGUGACGGCCCCUCCUCCAGUGCCUCCCAGAGACCCUCAGCCUCCGGCAAUUUCGCCAAAGGAAGUACCACCAACAACCAUUUCCAGUCCGCGAAGGGUUUGCAAUCCACCAGCUAACAAGCGAGUCGAAAUGCUGCGCAAUUGCGAAGCUGACCUUCGGCGAGAGUUGGCUAAAACGUGCUCCCAAAAGUGUUCAGAUGGAACGCCCGGGAGGGAGGGUGAGUUGAACCCCGCUGAGGGUGUAAUCGUCAACAAGCGACUCGAGGUGUUGCGCUAUGAAACAUCACCUUGGUCGCUGUCAGCGCCGAACAGUCCAAAGAAUACGCGUGUACUGCUGCCACGGAAGACGCCCGUUUCAAACUUUGUGCAACAGCAGCCACAGCAAACGGUGAUCCAGGGUGGUUCGUGCACGCCCGAAACACUCGCCACUGACCUCAAAUAUUGUGCCAACCUCUCAUCACCUCCGCCACCUCCACCGCGGUUGCUGUCAAAAUCGCCGACCAUCGUACGCCGACGGUUCCGCAGCCAAAGUCCGCAUCUGAACAUCGAAUCCGAUUCGGACUCGGACGAUGUAAGUCGCAACCUUGAUUACAAGGCAAAGGACGGCAAAGGACGCAAUGGCAACAAGGAGAACCAUUUGCAUCAACAACCUGCACCAGCAAAUGCAGGCUCGGGAAUCGUUAACGGAUCGGUUUGUAAGGGCGUCACCGGGAAGCAGAUGAACAACUUUCGGCACACAAUUCAUGGGCCGGGCAGCGCCGUGGCUAACGGAGACGAAACGGCGGGAACGGAGUUGAUGAUCAUCGACGGGGAAAUGCGCCCCGUGAAGGGAAUGCACAAGUCUCCCCUGAUUUCGUUCCGCUCAGUAGACAUCGGGUCUCCGGUGACGGAUGAUUAUUGUCCCCAGAGUGAGCCAUUAAAACGUAAAAUUUACACCUGCAGUGCGGCGUUUGAAAGAAUUCAGCGGACUUUAGAUCAAGAUCCAGGUGCAAAACAACAACUGAUCAUGGACACACUUGCCGACAUAAAAAAUUGCCUGGCCGAUCAAAGCUUAAAAUUAAACGAACUUAACGAAUCCGAUAACUGA